AUGGACAUCCCAUCCCUAGUGGCUGGGUUAGGAUGGAGUUCGUUGACUGAGGAUCAACGGUUUCUUCAUUGUCCUGAAGCAGUGAGGCUCUUCUACGUGAAUAUUCGUCGUGACCGUGGACCUGAGCCACAAUCCUUCACCACCAUGGUCUAUGACCAUGAAAUCACUGUCACACCUACCUUACUUGCCUCGGUCCUUUCUCUACCUCACUCUGGGAUUCACGCCAGCUACGAGAGUGAUUUUGUUGAACAUGGGUUCGACUUCUGUACUGCUCUUGACGGAGUGACCAGGGACAUUGGCAGAGCCUUCCCCACUCGACUCUCAGCUGGUCGUCUUCCUGACGACCUCAAGGUCCUUCAUUUCUUCAUUACUCGAUGCUUUCUUCCCAGAGACGUUGACAGUGCUGGUCUUCUCCACUCUGAUGAUCUCUGGAUUCUGAGUAAUGCUUGUGCCCGUCAACCAAUCAGCUAUGCAUCAUUAAUGUUCGCUCACAUACUCAAGUUUGGGGGUGGCGGUUACAGUGGUGCUCUACCCUUUGGACCUCUCAUUACUCGCUAUUUGCAUCGCUUAGGGAUAGAUCUCCGGGAUAAGGUGGCUGUGUGCAACGUUCAUGAGGACUUGCGUCCCAAUCAUGUUCUAGUUCGCCUUGAUGCCGACGUGGGCCGCCGUAAGCUCGUCUCUAGCUCAGGGGGAGACACUGCCCACUGCCCCAUUUUCUCUCCUGCUGAUCCCAUCCCUGACAGCCUUCUUCCUGCUCUAACUCAAGCUGCUGUCUCAGCCAUAGAUGGUGAGGUCAAACGAAGAAGGGAAACUGGUAGUGGAAAGACUACUAGUCUCCUGGUCUGCAAAGAACGGUUGGAACUCAUGGAGUUUGAUGAAGCAAGGCCUGCUCCAGACGACUUUGACCCAAUCACUCCUGACUCAAGCUCUGAUGAUGAAAUCUCAGACUAUGAGUCACCUCCUGGUUAUCCUUUCUAG